AUGGAUACUGCACAGCGCAAGCAAAAUCCAGCGCAUGGAAAAGUAUUUCCGUUCCGUGAGCUAAAUGGAUCGUUAAUAUACGUACAACAACCAGCCCAACAGCACACCAGUGCAGCCAAGAGAGUGUUAGGAUACGUUAUUGGCAGUAAAAGCCUGGGAAUAGUAUCCACAAAUACUCCAGAGGUUCAGUAUACAGGCAAGCUGACGGUUAAUGGAUUUUGCGACUCGGACUGGGGUAAUGACCCUGAUACCAGAAAAAGUGUUACUGGUUAUGUGCAUUGUAUUGCGGGAGGUACCAUAUCGUGGGCAUCACGACGUCAAAGUAUUGUGGCACAAUCAACUGCGGAAGCAGAGUAUGUUGCAGCAAGUGAAGCAUGCAUGGAAGGACAAGGUUUACGCAACUUAUUGAUUGAAGAAUUUUCGCAUAUAGACACAGAGUAUCGACUCGGCAUUGAUAAUCAAGCAGCGUUUGUCAUGUCGACCAACCCAACCUAUAGAUGCCGUACUCGACACAUUGAACUGCGUUGGCACUAUGUUCGGGAUCAGGUGGCAGAAUGGACGGUGGAACUGUGA